AUGGUGAAACCUGAGUCAUGUGAAGAGGUGGCAGUGCCAAGGAGCAGGGGCAAGGAGCUGCAGACGAGCCAGGCCCGCGACGAGUUUGGGGGAACUUUGUUUUUCCCUUUUGGGGGACUCCUUAGGCCCCAGUUUCUGGUGACAGCCCCAGGGAUCGUCAGGCCCGGAGCAAACAUAACUAUCGGGGUGGAUCUUCUGGAACACAGCCCCCCGCAAGUCACCGUGAAGGCAGAGCUGUUCCAGGUGGCCUCCAACCUCAGUGUCUCUGUCCUGGAAGGAGAAGGAGUCUUUGAAAGAGGCUCUUUCAAGACACUUAUUCUUCCAUCGCUACCUCUGAACAGUCCAAAUAAGAUUUAUGAGUUACACGUAACUGGACGUGCCCAGGAUGAGAUUUUAUUCUCUAAUAGGACGCGCUUAUCAUUUGAGACCAAGAGAAUAUCUGUCUUCAUUCAAACAGACAAGGCCCUCUACAAGCCAAAGCAAGAAGUGAAAUUUCGCAUUGUUACACUCUUCUCAGAUUUCAAGCCUUACAAAACCUCUCUGAACAUUCUCAUUAAGGACCCCAAGUCAAAUUUGAUCCAACAGUGGUUGGCACAGCAAAGUGUGCUUGGAGUUGUUUCCAAAACUUUUCAAUUAUCUUCCCAUCCAAUACUCGGUGACUGGUCCAUUCAAGUUCAAGUGAAUGACCAGCUAUAUUAUCAGUCAUUUCAGGUUUCAGAAUAUGUGUUACCAAAAUUUGAAGUGACUUUGCAGACACCAUUAUAUUGUUAUAUGAAUUCUAAGAAUUUAAAUGGUACUGUCACAGCAAAGUACACAUAUGGGAAGCCAGUGAAAGGAGAUGUAACGCUUACGUUUUUACCUUUGUCUUUUUGGGGAGUGAAGAAAAAUAUCACAAAAAAAUUUGAGAUAAAUGGAUCUGCAAACUUCUCUUUUAAUGAUGAAGAGAUGAAAAAUGUAAUGGACUUUUCAAAUGACCUUUCUGAAGACAUGGAAAUGUCUCUCCCUGGGCCGGUAGAAAUUUUCGCAACUGUGACAGAAUCACUUACAGGCAUCUCAAGAAAUGCAAGCUCCAAUGUGUUUUUCAAGCAACACGAGUACAUCAUUGAAUUUUUUGAUUAUCCUACUGUCUUGAAGCCAUCUCUCAACUUUACAGCCACUGUGAAAGUAACCCGUUUUGAUGGCAACCGCCUGACUGUUGAAGAGAGAAGAAAUAAUAUGGUCUUGACAGUGACCCAGAGAAACUAUACAGAGCACUGGAGCAAAUGGAACAUGGGAAACCAGAGAGGGGAAGCCAUCCAGAUCAUCAAUUAUACCAUCCCCGAGAAUGGAAUGGUCAAGGUUGAGUUCCCAGUCCUGGAUGAUUCCAGCCAGCUGCAGUUGAAGGCCUAUUUUCUUGAAAGCACAAGUAACAUGGCCGUUCAUAGUAUGUUUACUUCUCCCACUAAGACGUACCUCCAGCUAACAACAAGAGAUGAAAACAUCAAGGUGGGAUCACCUUUUGAGUUGGUGGUUACCGGCAACGGGUGGUUGAAGGAGUUAAGCUACAUGGUAGUAUCCAAGAGACAGUUGGUAGCUGUAGGCAAACAAAAUUCGACAACCUUCUCUUUGACACCAGAAAAUUCUUGGGCUCCCAAAGCCUGUAUAAUUGUGUAUUAUGUUGAAGACAAUGGGGAAAUUAUAAAUGCUGUUCUACAAAUUACUGUUCAGCUUGUUUUUAAAAACAAGAUAAAGCUAUUUUGGAGUAACGCUAAUGCCAGACCAGCUGAGAAAGUCUCUCUUAGGAUCUCUGUGACACAGCCUGGCUCGAUAGUUGGGAUUGUAGCUGUUGACAAAAGUGUGAAUCUGAUGAAUGCUUCAAAUGAUAUUACAAUGGAAAAUGUGGUCCAAGACUUGGAACUUUAUAACACAGGCUAUUAUUUAGGCAUGUUUAUGAAUUCCUUUGCAGUCUUUCAGGAAUGUGGCCUCUGGGUAUUGACAGAUGCGAAUCUUAUAGAGGAUUAUACUGACAUUGCUUUUGACAGCAUGUUAUAUGCUGAGAAUUUUGUGGAGGAGAGCAAUGCGGUAGACCUUGAUGACUUUUCUUCCAUCAGCAUUCCACGUGUCCGAAAGCAUUUUCCAGAGACUUGGAUUUGGCUAGACACCAACAUGGGGUACACAUUCAUAAAGUUCCUUGCUCUCCAAGCCUUUCAGCCAUUUUUCAUUUUUUUGAAUCUUCCCUAUUCUAUUAUCAGAGGUGAAGAAUUUGUUUUGGAAGUAACCAUAUUCAAUUAUCUGAAAGAUGCCACCGAGGUUAAGGUAAACAUUGAGGAAAGUGACAAAUUCGAUAUUCUAAUGACUUCGAAUGAAGUGAAUGCCUCGGGGCAUCAGCAGACCAUUGGGGUUCCCAGUGAGGAUGGGGCCACCGUUCUGUUCCCCAUCAAGCCUAGGCACCUGGGAGAGAUCCCCAUCACAGUCACAGCCGUUUCACCCACAGCUUCUGAUGCGCUCACCCAGAAGAUUUUAGUCAAGGCUGAAGGAAUAGAAAAAUCAUAUUCACAAUCCGUCUUAUUAGACUUAACUGACAACAAGCUGCAAAGUACCAUGAAAACUUUGAGCUUCUCAUUUCCUCCGGAUACAGUGUCUGGCAGCGAGAGAGUUCAGAUCACCGCAAUCGGAGAUGUCCUUGGCUUUUCCAUCCACGGCUUAGCCUCACUGAUCCGGAUGCCUUACGGCUGUGGGGAACAGAACAUGAUCAAUUUUGCUCCAAAUAUUUACAUUUUGGAUUAUCUUACUAAAAAGAGACAACUGACAGAUACUUUAAAAGAAAAAGCCCUUUCAUUUAUGAGGCAAGGUUACCAGAGAGAACUUCUCUAUCAGAGGGAAGACGGCUCCUUCAGUGCUUUUGGGGACGAUGACCCUUCUGGGAAUUCUAUCAACUUCUUGGAGGCUGAAUUCAGUAGAGGAAUUUCAGACAAUUAUACCCUAGCUCUUAUAACGUAUGCACUGUCAUCCGUGGGGAGUCCUAAAGCGCAGGAAGCCUUGAAUGUGCUGACUCAGAGAGCAGAACACGAAGAAGGCACACGAUUCUGGGUGUCGUCAGCGUCCAAACUUUCUGACUCUUGGCAGCCACGUUCCCUGGACAUCGAAGUUGCCGCCUACACGCUGCUCUCCCACUUCCGGCAAUUUCAGCUUUCCGAGGGAAUCCCGAUUAUGAAGUGGCUCAGCAGCCAGAGAAAUAGCUUGGGAGGUUUUGCAUCUACUCAGGACACCAUUGUGGCCUUGAAAGCCCUGUCUGAAUUUGCAGCCCUAAUGAAUACAGAGAGGACAGAUAUCCAAGUGACUGUGAUGGGGCCAAGCUCACCAAGUCCUGUAAAGUUUCUGAUUGACGCACACAACCGCUUUCUCCUUCAGACAGCAGAGCUUGCUGUGCUGCAGCCAAUGGACAUUAAUAUUUCUGCCAGUGGUUUUGGAUUCGCUAUUUGUCAGCUGAAUGUCGUUUAUAAUGUGAAAGAUUCUGGGUCUUCUAGAAGGCGAAGAUCUAUCUCCAAUCAAGAAGCCUUUGAUUUGGAUGUUACUGUAAAAGAUAAUAAAGAUGAUGCCAAUCAUGUGAACUUGAACGUGUGCACAAGGUUCCGAGGCCCCGACAGGAGCGGCAUGGCGCUCAUGGAGGUUAACCUGCUCAGUGGCUUCACUGUGCCUUCAGAUGCCAUUCCUCUAAGCCAGACAGUGAAGAAAGUGGAGCACGACCAUGGCAAACUCAACGUCUACUUAGAUUCUGUAAAUGAAACCCAGUUUUGUGUUGAUAUUCCUGCUGUGAGAAGCUUUAAAGUUUCGAAUACCCAAGAUGCUUCGGUAUCCAUAGUGGACUACUACGAGCCAAGGAGACACGCGGUGAGAAGCUACAACGCCCAGGCCAAGCUGUCCUCCUGUGACCUCUGCAGAGACGUCCAGGGCUGCAGUCCCUGCGCGGACGGGGCCUCGGAGGGCUCCUCCGUCCUUUUCACCCUCUGUCUGGCGCUUCUGUUCUCUGUGCAGCACUGGCCCUGAUUUGUUUUCCAAGGACUCCACGGAGCGCCAGCAUUUCCCGAAGUCACCUGCGAUUGUUUUGUCUUCAUGAUCAAAUACUGCUCCUGACUGUUUUGAAAAAGCAAUUUUUGCUCUUUCUGUGGGCUUGGGGGCCGUGGUGUAAAGAAGGCCUGGCCGGGGUGGACAGCCGCGCACACGCCCUCCCCUCAGCUUGGUGUGGAAGGCGUGAGGAUGGUAACCCUAUUUCCCCCUCUCCACAUCUUUUAGGAUUUUUUUUUUUGAGGUAUUUGUUUUCUCCAGAAUAAAAGUGUUAUUUUAGAAUA